CAUCUGUCCCGCCCCGGGUUGAAACUUUGGCGGCGUUAGCUUCGAGGCGCUCGCUGCUACACACAGCAACAACCAGAGAGGCGGGAAGCUUACCUCGAGCCUGAAUCAGACGACUAGACUCCGCCCGUGUCACACCGGCGAAAUAUUUAGAAGAAAACGAGCGAACAACUGUGAUGUGACGCCUUUCUUUCAAAACACUGUCGGACACACGGAAGUGAGAAGUCAAAGAAACAGGUCAGCCUCUAUUGUUUGAUGUUUUUAUUAACUAACAUCACUUACAUGUUAAACUAGCAUGUAGCAGCAUAAACGGACUAUGAAGGACGUAUUAGAUAUGCACAUUUUGCUGAAAAAACAUAGCUGUGGCUAGCUAAUGGCUGACAUUAGAGUAACUUUACUCAGCAGACAUGCCUCGUAAAAUCUUCCCCAUGGCAUCCUGUAACUACGUCUGAAAUGUGUUACAUGUAUGACUGCCGUUUGAACGUCUCAAAUCAUGCCAUGAGCAGCGUCACAGAGUCAUAAUGCAGAGAGGAAACCUAGGAUCAGUGCUGAAUAUGUAGGGAACUAUUGGCCAGCUGUCUGUACACAGUGGCUUCAAUGGAUGAGGCAGCUCCUGAUGAAGAUGAUGGAGACCAGGCAGCCUGUUGGAUUAAGGAGACGGACAGGUUGGAAGCAACACCCGCAUGUAACCUAUUGAGGACAACAUCCCUUGGUGAACAAGACCCUCUCAAAGACCUUUUAUCUCCAGAGCUGUGGAGAGGACUGUUGUACCAGGAUCAGGAUAAAUCCGUGAUGGAGGCUGGACCAAUGAUGUCUGAAGUUGAUGAGCAAGACAGGGAUGCUCCUUCUGUCUCCCCCUCCAGCCUCAUGGACACCUAUGGUCCCUCAAUUUCAAGCCUCUCCUCAUCUCCAUACCCCUCCACUCAUCCUCAUCACCACCAUCACCAAAAUGCAGAUUUUUCCUCAUCUUCAUCGUCCUCUUCAUCCGUCGUGUGUCUGACCCCACCCUUGCCCCCCUCUGUGGGGGUCCCAGCCGUGUUGACUGAUACAAGACUGACCCUGGAUGUAUACCAGGGAGGAGCAGCUGCAUUACUGCUGCUGUGGGGGUCCAUACCAGGGCAGGUGAGGGGAAUCCAGUACCUAAGACUGGGAUCUGAGGAUCAACCAGGGCUGGAUGAUGCACUGGUCGUCCUACCCUACCUGACAGAGCUGCGAUCGCUGGCUAUUCGAGGACACUGUUUUUAUGACUCCCGUGGUGACCCACUGCCAGGCCUCCUCACCACUCUGCCUCCAUCAUUGUCCUCUCUGUCUCACCUGGUGCACCUGGAUCUCUCCUUCAACCAGCUCUCCACUCUGCCCUCCUGCCUUCUCAGCUUGCCUGCGCUCUCCUCUCUGCUCCUCUGCCACAACCACCUCUCAGCUUUGUCUCCUGAUAUAUGCCAGCUGUCCUCCCUCACUUUCCUCUCCCUCCUGGGUAACAAGCUGGUCUCUCUCCCUCCGAGCAUCAGUCAACUGAAAGCACUACAGACGCUGGAUAUCUCACAUAACCUCCUUCAGCAUCUACCUGAUGAGAUUGGUUCUCUGGAGGAGCUGGUUAAGCUGGAAUUGUCUCACAACAAGCUGAAGCAGCUACCAGAGAGUAUGGGCGCUCUCCUCUCCCUCAGGGAGCUUGUCAUCUACAGCAAUGACCUCCGCCUGAUCCCACACUAUGUGAACAAACUGCCUCUGCUGAAAAUAGACGUGCGCGACAAUCCUUUGGGACGGCCCCCAACGCCUCCUCCUCUCCCUCCUGCACCUGAGAAAGCAGAAACAGAAAUCCCUGAGUUACACCUUGGAUUCAAUCAGCACAGUUUCUGUGUUUCGUCCGCUGGGUGUCAUGUGUUUCUCCCAGGGGGGGCUGAGCUGCUGUUCCCCCCGGGUUGCCUGGAGACAACCACAAGGUUGGAGUGGCUUGAGAAACGGCCUGAAAAAAAGUGGGUACAGCUGGAAGAGCAUGACAUCCUCCUGAGCUGUCCCCUGGAACUGCGUCCCCAUGGGAUUACCUUCCUAAAGCCUGUGGAGGUGUGUGUGCCGCAUCAUCGGACAAAAAGGAGAGAAGUGGUGGUGCAGAGGUUUGACGGACAGUCAUGGAGCACUCUACCCACUGUUCUGAGGAGAGGCAGCGAGGGCCACAGCAGUCACCCUGGUGGACGUCCAGCCAGGCUGGCUUGCUGCACAGUGCGCCAGUUCUCCUGGUUCAUGGCGGUGUCUCGUCCAGUAAAGGACAGCUGCGCUCUCACUCCAGCUGGAGCUUUGCUGGUGUCCAGCUCUGAUCCCGGAGUUAAGCUCCAGUUCCCUCCAGACUCCACAGUGCAGACCCGUACUAUAACCUUACAGGUGCUGGAUGUGUCUGUGUCGGAGGUGCAGACACUGUGCGGUGAUCCCCAGGCUAGCGUGAGCCCCCUCCUCUGCCUCACCCAGUCUCCCAGUGUACAAUUCCUUCAGCCUAUUAAAGUCCAGGUCCCUCUGCCAUCAGGAGUCACAGGUCACACAGUUGAUAUGUCCUGUCUGCAUCUGCUACAUGGAGACCCCACUGCACAAACCUGGACUGACGUCACGUCUCAGGUGUCUCUCUAUGUCACCCAUUUGUAUGCGGUUUUCUACAUCACCCAUUUCUCUUGGUACUGGCUGUGGUACACAACUCAGCGCUGUGUUGGCGGCGUGGUCAGGAAGGUGUAUCAGAAGCUGAUGCAGUUUAAAGUCCAGUUUCUAGUCCUCCAGAGGAAGACUGAUCCCUCACAAGUGAUGCUGCAGUGCUUACCUGCUAAUAAGGUGGAAAACAGAGUGCAGUCUUUAUCAGAGCAAUAUGAUGGACCUCAGCCUUCAGACCUGUGUGACCUGCUGGAAGGAGAGCAGUUUUUUGCCGGCUUUGAGAGAGGCUUAGACAUCAGUGCAGACAGACCAGACUGCAAAGGGGGACGACUUAGUUUCACGUUUUACUCCAGUUGGAAGAAUCUGAAGGAAGUGUACAUCUGUUCAGCUCAGGGUCAGAGGGGGCCGGUGAGGGGUCAGGUGUCUUUUUACAGAGGCGAGGUCCCUGCCAAUAUCCCGGAGGAGGUGGCAAGGAAAAGGAAAGGACAAGACAGCCAGUGGCUCGCAACUUUACCACUGAAGCUCCCUGCUCUAAACUCAGAAAAUAAUUUCAUCAUGGAGGAGCCCCAGUAUCCUCCUCUGAACCUGGGUGACCCUGAGAGCGGAUACCUGACCGAAGCCAACCUGCUGUCCAUCUCUCUUCAGAUAGGACGGGACUGGCGUGAUAUUGGCAUCCAUCUUGGUCUAAGUUUCCAGGAGCUUGACCGCAUCCAGUUCAAGUUCAGGGACAACCUGGGCGCCAUGGUGCUAGACAUGCUGUUCCUCUGGGCCCGGGGUCAGAGCUCUGCAGGACCAGGAGCCGUGUCCAGGCUGGUGAAGGCUAUGAUAGAGAGUGGCAGGAGAGACCUGGCUGAUGAGAUUGAAGACAUUGUCAGUAUAGGGAGGAGAAAGUACUUGGAGUCACUGAGGAGAGUGGGGCUUGAAGCAGAGAGCUCCUCUCUCAGUGAAACGCAGCAGUAGAUUAACUCACGCUGGGUGCAGCUGGCUGACCCACAGUUGAGUAACCUCUUAAUUUACAACCUGCCCACAUCAUGUUUGUCUCUGCUGUCCAAACAACUGUCCUUGAAUACAGCAAAAUAUCCCUUUUUGCAAAAUCAUCAGCUGAUGGCAUUUUUUACCUACAGAGGAUGAGUAAACUGCAUGAAGAAAAGCACCUCUAUCCAACUUUUUAAAGACUCUAAUGAAGGAAAACACUGUGGAAGUGCCAAAAAGGAGACACAUUGGAGUUUGAUAUGAUUAAAAAAUACUCAUGUAAAGUCCAAUGAUAAAAUUGUGAUUUGAAUGUUGAGUAGAACUGUUGUUAAAAGUAAAACUUUUGCAUUAGAUGAUGGAAAAACAUUCAUCUAAAUUCUAAAAAUUACAGGUUCUAUUUGUUUUUCUGUUGGUAAUAAAGAGUCAAAGGGAUUUGGACCACUAGUUAGGAAACUAAUAUUUAUGACAUUUUAACAUUAUCAAUCGUUCAUAGAAAUAAAGUCAUGUGAUGCUGCUCUACUUGAACAGACAAGUAUUUCAAGGUUUCACCUUAACUCAAGUUGUAAUUUUAAUUUAUCAUAUUUGACCCACCAUCAGCGUAUACUUUUUCAAUGAACAUUUCAUGUUUCUAACUUUUUGGUAGAAUGGCACUACCUCUAAGAUCUCUCACACCUGUCCAGGACAGUACAGAGGCAGAACAAACAAUGGAACCUAAUGGACUGUAAGGACCUGGAUCACUGACUGAAAGUGAAGGAGCAGCCGUUUUUAUGGUUGAUCACAUUUCUAUCUUGUGUGCCUCUGGUCACUUAGAAACCAGCUUCUACAUGUGGCAAAGUCUCAGUGACAUCUCAGCAGUGGUGGACAAAGUUACUUCAUUAUUUAAGUGAAAGUUUAGAUCCUCCGGGUCAAAUAUUACCCCACUACAAGUGAAAGUUGUUCUGUCCAAUUAUUACUUGAGUUAAAGUACUGGAGUACUUCCUUUUAAAAAUACUUAAGUAUUCAAAGUACUUUUAAAAAAAUCAUUAAACAUUUUUUUUAAAACAUAUUUUAAAAAAGCAUGAGUGCAGUCAAGAAUGCAUGGGUGUUUUCUUCUACAUUAUGUUAAUCUAGAAAACAUUAUUUAAUAUCUUAAAAAGUAUACCAUGAAGUAUAAACUAAAUUACUACAAGCACAGACAAGUUUAAAAUGUUCAUCUGGAAUAAAACCAGUAUGUUAGCUACAGACCUCGAAAUGCUUUCUCAGGUUAGAUGCUGAUGUUUUGUCGGCUGUGAUGAAGUUUGUAUGGUAUGGUAAACAGAUCGGAGAUUUACAACAAUACAAAUCAUUCUUGGACUUAAAACAUGGCUGUGGUGCUCAGGUGGAGAAUCAUCAUCCUUCUCAGCCAUAGCCUUCAUCACCACGACUAAAUGAACAAACUGAUCUGAAUAACAUUUGAUCUGCAUCUGCUCUAAGCUCAACCGAGGUACGGCUACACCAUUGAGACAAACCAAGUAGACGAACAGUUUACGGUCUUUGGGAUCUGAUUUCAGAAAAGAGAAGGAAAUUCAUGAGCUGACUUCAAAGCAAAAGUAGUGAGUAACUAGAGCACUGAUAGAAAUGUAGUGGAGUAAAAAUAUGAUAUUUGUCUUUCAAAUGUAGUAAAAGUGAUGAGUACCCCCAAAAAUUAAUACUCAAGUAAAGAACAGAUACUCAAAAAAUGUACUUAAGUACUGUACUCCAGUAAAUGUACUUUGUUACUGUCCACCACUGCAUCUCAGGACAUUCUGUGAAUUUGAUAUAUUACUAAUUGCUAGUAAAAAUUGAUAAAAAAUG